CUUGCUGUUAAUUUCUUUCAUUUUUUUAAAAAAUGCAGUUUCAUUCUUACUUGCAAAGCAUCGUAUUCAAUAACAAUAUGGGAGACACAAUAACAUUUGAUGAAAACAGAGAACUGAUUACGGGUUUUGAUAUUGCAAACUGGAUUACUUUCCCCAAUAAUUCCUUUUCUCGAGUCAAAGUUGGAACAUUGGAACCUCGGGCUCCACCAGGCAAAGAAUUAGCUCUUAAUGACAAUCAAAUUCUAUGGCACAGAAGCUUUAAUAAGGUGUUUCCUCUUUCUGUGUGCAAUGUGCACUGCUAUCCAGGCUCCUACAGAAAGAAGAAGGAAGGAGAGAAAUUUUGUUGCUAUGAUUGUGUGCCCUGUUCAGAAGGACAGAUCUCUGAUGAAAUAGAUAUGGAUGUCUGCAUGAAAUGUCCAGAAAAUCAGUAUCCCAACAAUAUCAAAAAUCAAUGUAUUCCCAAAGUGUUUAGCUAUCUCUCUUAUAAUGAAACUUUGGGAAUCCUAUUUGUUACGUUGGCUAUUGUUUUCUCUUUGAUUACAGUCCUUGUGUUUGGAAUCUUUUGGAUGCAUCGAGAGACUCCAGUUGUCAAAGCCAACAACUGGAACCUCACUUGUAUUCUCCUCCUUUCCCUUCUCCUCUGCUUCCUCUGCUCCUUCUUCUUCAUGGGAAGACCUGAAAGAUUGACUUGCCUUCUCCGACAAACAACUUUUGGCAUUAUCUUCUCAGUGGCCCUUUCAUCUGUAUUGGCAAAAACCAUGACUGUGAUUCUGGCAUUUAUGGCAACCAAACCAGGCUCUGGACUGAGAAAAUGGGUAGGGAAAGGACUGUCCAAUUCUAUUGUCCUUUUGGGUUCCUUCAUCCAGGUGGGAAUUUGCACUGUUUGGCUGAGUACCUCUCCUCCUUUCCCAGAUACAGACCUGCAUUCCCUGAAGGGAGAAAUCAUAAUGGAAUGCAAUGAAGGCUCAUUGAUCAUGUUUUACUGUGUCCUGGGAUACAUGGGCUUCCUGGCUAUUGUCAGCUUUAACAUUGCUUUCCAAGCCAGGAAGCUUCCCAGCAGUUUCAAUGAGGCCAAGUUCAUCACAUUCAGCAUGUUGGUCUUUUGCAGUGUUUGGCUGACGUUUGUUCCAACCUACCUGAGCACCAAAGGAAAAUACAUGGUAGCUGUGGAGAUCUUCUCUAUCUUAUCUUCCGGUGCUGGUUUACUGGGGUGUAUAUUUUUCCCCAAAUGCUACAUCAUUUUAAUGAGGCCUGAGAUGAACAAGAAGGAACAUUUAAUAAGGAAAGAAAAGUAAAAAGUUCUCAGUCCA